GCGCCCUCCAGCCUGCCCAGGCUGCGAGCGCGGCUAGGUGCUGAGGGAUCGGAGGAGCCGAGCGCCCGGCAGGUUCCACGGUGGGGGAGCGCGCAGAGGGACGCGCGGCCAGACCCAGCCGGAGCCGGAGCCGGAGCCGGGGCCGGGGCCGGGGCCGGGGCCGGGGCCGGGGCCGGGGCGGGAGCGGGAGCCGGGGCCGGGGCCGGAGCCGGAGCGGGGGCGCGGCGCCCGAGGAACCUGUGGCGGCGGCGGCGGAGCGGAGCCGGGCGCGCGAUGGCGCACCGAGCGGCGCGCUCUGCUGCUCCGCCGAGAGCCCUGCCGGCGGCCCUGGACGCCAAGAUGUCUGGACUGCAAGCCUGCACUGUUCUGAGAGGGAGAUGACUUGAGCGACCAGCUUUUAUCUCUACAACAAUGUCCAUGAACAAUUCCAAACAGCCAGUGUCUCCUGCAGCUGGGCUCCUUUCAAAUACAACUUGCCAGACGGAAAACCGGCUUUCAGUAUUUUUUUCAAUAAUCUUCAUGACAGUGGGAAUCUUAUCCAACAGCCUUGCCAUUGCUAUUCUCAUGAAGGCGUAUCAGAGAUUUAGACAGAAGUCCAAGGCAUCGUUUCUGCUUUUGGCUAGUGCCCUGGUAAUCACAGACUUCUUUGGCCACCUCAUCAAUGGAGCUAUAGCAGUCUUUGUAUAUGCUUCUGAUAAAGACUGGAUCCGCUUUGACCAAUCAAAUGUCCUUUGCAGUAUUUUUGGUAUCUGCAUGGUAUUCUCUGGUCUGUGCCCACUUCUUCUAGGCAGUGCAAUGGCCAUUGAGCGAUGUAUUGGGGUCACCAAACCAAUAUUUCAUUCUACGAAAAUUACGUCCAAACAUGUGAAAAUAAUGUUGAGUGGCGUGUGCUUGUUUGCUGUUUUCAUAGCUUUACUGCCCAUCCUUGGAAAUCGCGACUAUAAAAUUCAAGCGUCGAGGACCUGGUGUUUCUACAACACGGAAGACAUCAAAGACUGGGAAGACAGGUUUUAUCUUCUACUUUUUUCUUUCCUGGGGCUCUUAGCCCUUGUCGUUUCAUUCUUGUGCAAUGCCAUCACAGGAAUUACACUUUUAAGAGUUAAAUUUAAAAAUCAGCAGCACAGACAAGGCAGAUCUCAUCAUUUUGAAAUGGUCAUCCAGCUCCUGGCUAUAAUGUGUGUCUCCUGCAUUUGCUGGAGUCCAUUUCUGGUGACAAUGGCCAACAUUGGAAUAAAUGGAAAUCAUUCUCUGGAGACCUGUGAAACAACGCUGUUUGCUCUCCGAAUGGCAACAUGGAAUCAAAUCUUAGAUCCCUGGGUGUAUAUUCUUCUACGGAAGGCUGUCCUUAAGAAUCUCUACAAGCUUGCCAGACGCUGUUGUGGAGUGCAUGUCAUCAGCUUGCAUGUUUGGGAGCUGAGCUCCAUUAAAAAUUCCUUAAAGGUUGCUGCUAUUUCUGAGUCACCAGUCGCAGAGAAAAUAAAUCAGCAAGCACCCAGUUUAAUAGGGCAGUAAGUCAUUGUAGGUCUAGGAGAAAAUUUAAAAAGUUUUGGCAAUAUGUCAGUUAAUUAAAUACAUAUGUAAAGCCUAACUGGAAAAUUCAGACCUCAGCAGGUAGUAUGGGGGCAAUUUUGUUAGAGUUGGCUUUUGAAAUUUGUUAAAUUUACUGUUUAAUUGCACAUUUUCACUUGCUUUUGUCAACUGGAUGUAAUCACAAUGAAAUAGUGCCCCAUGGAAGUCAAAGUGAAAGCAAUUUGGGGCUUAUCUGUGUUAGUCAUGCUUUCAGGACAGACUCUGUUGAAGCCUAAAGCAUUUACUUGGCCUAUUUGCCAAAGUUCAUCUUAAUGCUACCUGCACAGUGAAAUGGCUAUUUGGGGGUCAUUGCUCUGCAGCUGCUCUGUAUAGACUAGGCUCAAUGAAAUGGAGUGCCCUCGUCUUUUGAUCUGGCCUAUUUUACCCCUCAUCAUGUAGCCUCAAUCAAUAUGCAUGUGGUCAUGCCCCAUAGGAUUCACUGUGGCUUGUUAUAAUGACCUCUGCAUACCGCGGGUCUGACUGUUGGCUUGCCUGAUUUUACGAGCCUGUUUAGAAUGAGCCCGUUCUUGUCAUAUUUGACAAAUAUGGUUGCUUAUAUUUACUAUUAUGAAGGUCAAUUUUUGUUUGAAGGGUUUAUUUGGUCAGUCAUGAUUUGCACAGUUUUCAAGUAAUCCUCUUUUGCUCUGAAAAUUCUAGUGCAUUAUGCACAAUAAGUAAUUUUUAGAGAAGCAAAGGCUCUAUCUUACCACAUGUAGAGACGACUGGCAGUUCCCAAGAAGCUCUGCCAUGGACAAUGCAAACAAACAGGACUUGACCCCAGUGGUGGGCGUCAAGAGCAUGGCCAAAGGUAUUUUACUUUGAGCCGUCAUUUCCGUGUCAAAGAAGAAAAGAAACACAAUCUGUAUAUAAUAGUCAAAGACUAUCUGUAGCUGGUGUGUUUUUGCUUUCCAUUUACACACACACACAAAGACCCACACAUAUACACCCCCCCCACACACAUAUAUACACACUACAAAAGGGAUUAAAAAUUUCUGUUGAUAGUGGGCUCAUUAAAUCUGUAAAAUGGCAUCUUCUAAAGCCUGUGCUACCAGUGUCAAUGGGAUGAUUGGCAAUUAGCCAGGCACUGGGAGAUCAUUAUAAUGGUUAACCAAGAGAUAAUCAUCUCUCCUAAUAUUUCCCAAUAAUACUUUAGACUUUGCUUGUUUGUAUAAUUCAACCCAAAGAAUUUUGUAAUCAUCCAAAGUGUCCUGGUCCAUCAGAACAUAGGGCAGGUAGUUAUAGGGAAAUGCAUGUCUUUAAAAGAGUUCAUUGCCUUCAAAAACUGGGGUCCAUUUUAAAAUUAGUCUUCCCUGAGAGACUGAUUUCAGAUUCUCCAGGAAAGCUGUACAGUUCAACUAGACUUAAAUUAUUAUGUUCACAAAUGUUUGCUUUAGACUGGUAAUUUACAUUGGAAGUCAUUGUUAACUUUUGUGAAUGUUGGUAAAUUCUCAUGAAUAAAUUAAAAUAAAUUAAGCAAAUAGCCUCAUUGAAGAUUUAAAGGCAGCCAUUUUUCCAGUGAAUUUAAAGAAGGAAAACACAUGUACACACGCUGGCUCAUGAUAUUCCUAAUUUAGGACCAAUAAAUGAUUAAUCACACAAUUUUAGGUUAUUCUCAAAUAUAGAGCCCAUAGUAGACGCUCGAAAAAUACUUGCCAAACUAAAUUACAGACUAAGAUUUCUUGGUGCAAAAUGAGCAUGGAAUUGUAAAGUUUUUGUGCAUUUUAAUUUAAACUGACAAUUACAUGUUGUUUAUUGUGACGUAUAUGUUUAUAAGUAUACACAUAUAUGCACAUAUAUGUGUGUGUGUAUAAAUCCAGUGUAUAUGCUUAAAAAAAAGGGCCAUUACAAUUUGUGAUUGCUGUUACAUUUCAUAAAUGUUGUCAGUGUUUCAAGAGCCUUAAAGCCCAGAAGAACUUUUAGAUGGUUUAGAGGACAUGUCUGUUUCUCACAGCUACUUAAGAGUGUUGAUGUCCUGUAAACUGAGGCACAAAGAACCAAAGCUCCAUCCUUCCUCAUGCUAGGUAGGAUGCUCCAGCGAUCACAUCUUUGUAUUGUGACCUGGGAGAAGCACAGAGGAGAAACUCUCAUCUAGAGUUCCAAGCCUCUUCUCCUUGAAGCUUCUAACUGAAUGGCAGAAUUGUUGCUUCUUUGUCAUAAUGUCACCCUGGCCGUGUGUAUCUUGAGGAGAUAUUGUGACAUGAUCAUGUACGGGAGUGCAUGAGUAUGCAGUGUUUGGAGAGUAACAGGGGGGUCACUCUGUGAGUAUCCUGGAAGGAUGAUCUGUAUUAUCUGGGCAUAGGUUUGGGGCAACUAAAUGGUUUUAUGAUGAUGUCUCCCCAACAAGUAGGCACUAAAAAUUGAAAAGAAAUUUAGUAAAAGAAUAUCAAUUUACAUUGUUUUAGACUUUUCACCCAACGAAAAAAAAAUAAAGUGAACACAACGAUAUGCAUAUCUGACUUCAGAAUUUUAUUUCUGUUAUUAUACAUAUUUCAGUGUAGUUGGGCAAUUUAUUGUAUAAAGAAUAAUAGAGUGGAGCAUCCACCAAUAACUUUCAUAUAAAUGUUCAAAACGAAAGUGUGUUUGUCCAGAUUACUGGAAAUAAGUGGUACAAAUAGUGUUCAACAAGUUUACCAAUUUUUAAGUUUUAAAGUCUAUUUUAAAAUUCAUAAUUAGACCAUCAGAGUAACUGAGUUUCUCUUCUCAUUGGGUAAAGUGUCUAAGCAACUUCACAUACUAUUUGAUCAUAUUAUUUCUCAGGAAAUAUGUUAUUCUGGGCAAAUGACUUGAAAAUGCCAGGCUUUUUCUCAUGUUGGUGAAUUGUUAAAAAAAUGAGACUGGAAAAAAAGCCAACCCAACAGCACAUGGGUGUUUAUGAUUACGCGUACAAAGACGGAUAGUGCUGACUCAUGAUUAGCUGUGGAUGCAUCCCAAAACAUGACUUUUUACUGAUGGAUUUAACUAGGUGGUAGAAACAGACUCUUUUAAUUUUUUUUCUAAAGGCAGAAGUUUGCUUCUAAUUAUCUGUAUUGCUGAAGUGGAAAAUACUUAAAAGUUAACAGACAGACGCACAGGCAAACAGAUAUAUCUGUCUUAUCUAACAAGUGGCUCUGUUUACUCAUUUUCGGACUUAAGAAGAAAAAUCUGCUUUAGUUUUGGGUCUAAUCUGAGUUUUGAAAUCCCAAUAAAAGCAUUUGUUAAUCACGUACAGUGAACUUUUUAUGGAACUUGUUGCUAGCUAUCUUCAUCUAGCUAGUACCAUCCUUGCUCCAAACUAAUGAACUGUUUAAGGUCACAAUGGAAAGGAUGGGAAUGUCCACUUUCUUACUUCGUCUGGGUGUCAGAGUAUUUUACCACCUGGUGAAUAGUGUUGGACUUCAGCCUGUUACUGACACAUUUUAACAAUAGGUGAAAUGUGUUAUGUGAAUAAGUGUAUUUUGUGCUCUUCAUCCUUGUCGAAUUGUAUAAGAGAUUAAAUUGUGAUAUGUAUAUUUUGUUGCUUGCAUCAAUAUGCAACUAAUGUAAUUUUAGUGCUUGGACUAGUUUAAAACUUCAAACAAAUGAUUUUGUAAUAAACUUGGACUAGUGUUUAUCAAGAGUGGUCAUUUUUCAGGCAGGUCAUCAUAUAAAACUUGGAACUCUUGAACCCAAGAUGGGAACAGUUUCAACUUGUUUUCCCUUAUUCCCUGUUGCUCUCCCUUUUCUGCUCACACUUCUGUGACAUCUGCUUUCUUUCUUUGUCCUGUGCCUCACCUUACCUAGGCAGAUCAUAGUUCUGAUGGGAAUCUGAUCAUUUCCCAAACAGAGUGGGCUAGGUGUGUCGGUCAGGAUAGCUGAGGUAUGUCUGUGAGAACAAACAACCCCCAAAUUUCAGUGCUGUAAACCCACAAAGGUUUGGAUUUCACCUGGGCCUCUUGUCCACUCAGAAAGGAGCUCCGCUCAUUGCAAUCACUCAGAGACCUCAGGUGACAAAGCAGCCGCCAUCUUCUCUGUUGCUUGUUUGCCAUCCUACAGGGAAAAACACAGCAGGGUGAACCAUGUGCUGGCUGUUAGGGCUUCCACCUGGAGGUAAUACAUAUUACUUUUGCUCACACAUCUCUGGCCAAAGCAAGUGAUAUGGCCCUACUAACUUUAAGGGGGCAGGUAAGAGAAUACUAGGAUAUGCACAGGAGGAGAAUUGAAAAUAAUUGGUGGGCAGCACUAAUAAUUUCCAUGUUAGUGAAUUUUUUCCUCAUGCUUCCCUUCCUAAUAGCCUUCCGCCUGGAACCAUGCUUAAAAGACAUUAUCUAGGAACAUCAUGGGAUGAAAACAUUUAGGACUCAUUCCUCUAUCUUGUAAUCUAUAAAGAUAAGGUAGAAUGAAUGUCACAUGUAUGCCACAUGCGUUUUGCAGUUGAUAGGAAUUUUAGAUGACAAAAACACUAUAAAAUACAAAGUGAAAAACUUGGUUCCUAAAAAUGCAGGAAACGAGACCUCUCUGUACCAUGCCCACGCAUCGCCAGUUGCGGCAUUGUCUGAAACAGUUGCUUUUCUGAUAAAUGAGGGUGUUUGAAAUGUAUUUUUGCUUUUACACUUUCAGUCUCCUUCCUUUAGAAUAUGUUCACCUGGAUGUAGCCUGUCCCAUUGAAUUCCAUCAAACUGGCAGAAAACCUGAAAUAGUAUAAUAGCACCAGAGUGAGAUUAAACUACAUUUCUUUUCUUUUUCUCCAAGUGAGAACAGUUCCUUCAUUUUGAACCCAAACAUGACAGUAUGUGAAGUAAAUCAGAAACCUGGAUAAAGUUAAAUCAUAAUAAUGUUGAGAUGCAAGUUCAUAUCUACCAAGUGUUUUGUUCAAAUCUACUAUAAGGAGUUAUUGCAAAGAAUUUCCGACAGGGCUGUCUUUCUGCCCUGCAAAAAUAUCAACUGAAAGCAAUAUGAUAUAUAAUUAUGAGAAAGUAAUUAGAAGGUUUUAUGCCUCAAAAAUCUCAUAUUUGCUAAAGUAUAUUUUUAGUUAAUCUAGAUAGCUUAUGAAAGAAUAAUGAAAAUACCAAUAUGUAUUUAUCUUACUCAUAGCAAAGUAGAGGCAGAAUUAUUGAAAUCUAAAGGAAUUAUAGUUUGGAUUUGAAGUGUACUUUAAAUUUCCACUUAUAAAAGGAGAUAAACUCAAUCUUAGAGUUUUGUAUUUAAUUUCAUUUGAAUUAUUUUCAGCGUCUGAUUGGUAAAACCCCAAAUGAACAAUUUGCAAUCGUUAGUCCUUGAAGUGACACCUUUCUCAUGUCAAAUGAGGCAGUCCCACACUAGCACACACCUAUGUAACUUUAGUUCUAAAGAAUGAGCUCGUACUAGACAUGCUGUUGUGUUCUGCAACUUUUUAAUUUCAAUAGUUCAUGUUAGCACAGAAUAUUCUGUUUAAUAGCCAAAUAGCACUACAUAAUAUAAAUGUGCCAUAAUUUAAAGAACACUUUUCCUGUUGAAGGAGAGUUGUUUCUGAUUCCAGCUAUUUCCCUCUCUCAAAUAAUGCUGUUCCAAUAUGCACAGCCUUAUACUUUUUCCGUGGUGUUUUGUGGAAUUGCUGGUUAAGGCGUCCUCCUUCUCUAUGUUGAUAUGUACCGCUGAAUUGUGCAAUGUGUACUCCUGUUCUCGUCUAAGAGAAAAUGCCUGUUCCUAACAUCAUCUACCGUGUAUCACAGCAAUCUUUUUAUUGUCACCCAUCUGAUUGGCAAAAAUAAAUCAUAUUUAAAUCAUA